CUAUGAGGUAAACCAUUCAAGGUCGUUGAAACAAAAGAGAGAUCAUAGAUCUUAUAGAACGAAUACUAUCAGCCCAUUUUCUCAAUACCUAGCGAAAUCAGAACUUUUAAAGGGGAUAUAUAAACUAAUUUUUAUUCGUUAAUUUAUCAACUUCAGAUCCAAAUGUUGCACUUGUUGUUAUUUUUUGUUCUGAAUUCUGUGUUCUUCGAACAUGUUAAUGGAGAACGUGAAUGGGAUUAUUUCGUGUUUAGUCAAGAAUGGCCACCUACUUAUUGUUCUACCCAUACGUGUAAACUUCCUUACAAAUUCGACGAUUUCAAUAUUCAUGGACUAUGGCCAAGUAUAUGGCCAUAUGGUAUUCCGACAAACUGUUCAAAUAAAACACCUUUUGAACUCGAAAACAUCAAGCCGAUUUAUGGUGAAUUACAGAAACAAUGGGCUAAUCUGAAUGACUUUGACAAUCCCGAAGAAUUCUGGAAAUAUGAAUGGAGUAAACAUGGUGUUUGUGCCGCAAGUGAUGAUUCAUUUAUAUUAAAUGAAUUGGAUUAUUUCAAUGUUUCACUUGGGAUAAAAUUGAAAAUGAAUUUAAUGAGUCGUUUUGAUUCAAUCAAAAUUAAACCAAAUAAUUUGGUUACUUUAAAGCGUGAUGUAGUGCUUGAUCAAUUGAGGAGUUCCUUCGGUGUGAAUGUGUUAAUGGUUUGCUCUUUCCAAAACCAUAAACCAGCUAAAUUAUCUGAAAUUCGACUAUGUUUAAAUCCAUCAUUAGAAUUUAUUGAUUGUCCUAUAUCAGGAAAUAAAAAUGAUUAUCAACAAUUUUCAAAUAGUUUUAAUCAUCAAAACAUUUAUCAUAAUCCUAUUUGUAAAUCAUCGUUACCAUGGUUAUAUCAAUCUCCAAUUUGUUACAAUCAAUCAUCUAUUUUAUUAUUUUAUAAUGCACAAUGUCCAGAAGAAUUAAUAUUUCCAGAUUUUAAUUAAAAUGAUAUUCAUUAUGUGGACAUUCUCUUAUAUACAUAAUUGAUCCUUUGUUAGUUACUGCAACUCUAUUAUCACCAAGUCUAUUGUUGCCUUAGUGAUUACUAUUCACUUUGACUCCUGUUGUAUUAUUCAAAUAUAUACUCUGUUAUAUAAAAUAAGUACAAUUGACAUGACAAUUUGAAUAGUAUAUCUCUUAUUAUUCAAUCAUCUUUAAUGAUAUAAUGUUUUAUACAAGUUUCUAUGUUGUUGUUAUUGUUGUUGUUGUUGUUUUAACUAACUUUAUCUGAAUCUAUUCUUUUAUGAAUAAAACUUAUUGGUUUUAGAUGAAUCGGAUAGAUUUUGUUUGUUUUUUUUUUACAUUUGAAAAUACAUUUUAACUUUUGAGCAUUUGGACAUUAUCAUAGCCCAUACACACAUAUCAAGUGACUUGUGUAGUGCGUGUGUAUCAACAAUGACCCUUUGUGCCAAAUUAUAUGUGUUUUUAAAUAAAUAAAUGAUCAAACACUUGC